AUGGAUCCUCCCGAAUUCGACCCUUCGGCGGCCAACGGCGGCAACACCCAUGAGGUUGACGUCAACGCACAAUUCGCCGGCUUCGAGUACCAUGCCGUAUACAUCGGCAUCUGCGCCUAUCUCGUCUGGAUGAUUAUUCCCGGUCUUGGUCUGUUGUACGGAGGACUGGCCCGCAGGAAGUCCGCCCUGGCUAUGCUGUACCAGUCCUUUGGAGUGAUUGGAGUCAUCUGCUUCCAAUGGAUGUUCUGGGGCUAUUCCCUGGCCUACUCCCGUACCGCUGGCCCCUUCAUUGGAGACCUGGCCAACUUCGGCAUGAAGAAUGUCACGGCGGCGCCAUCCCCCGGGAGCCCGUAUUUGCCGGAAAUCGUCUUCUGUCUCUACCAGUUGCUGUUUUGCAUCUGCACGGUAAUGAUCGUGGUCGGUGGGGCUUUUGAGCGUGGUCGGAUCAUCCCAUCUCUAUUUUUCGGCUUCUGGUGGGCGACUAUUGUGUACUGUCCGAUUGCAUGCUGGACCUGGAACGGCAAUGGCUGGCUGUACAACCUCCCAUCCCUUGAUUACGCGGGAGGCGGGCCAGUCCACGUCGCCAGCGGAUGCUCGGCGCUCGCGUACGCCCUGGUCCUGGGAAAGAGAAAGCUUCACGGCCAGAGGUCUGCAAUGAGACCGCACAACCUUUCCAUGGUUUUCAUUGGCACCUCCCUUAUCUGGUUCGGCUGGUAUGGCUUUAACGGUGGCAGCACUUUGAAUGCGACUGUUCGCGCCUUCUUCGCAGCCUGGAACACAAACGUGUCCGCGGGGAUGGGCGUCAUUGGAUGGUCCGUAGUUGAUAUGAUCCGGAACAAGGGAAAGCUUUCCCUGGUGGGUGCCUGUGAAGGUGCAAUUGCUGGCCUUGUCGGUAUCACCCCAGCCGCCGGUUACGUGUCGGUCUGGCUUGCUGCUGCGAUUGGCCUCAUCACCGCCAUGGUCUGCGCUGCUCUUCAAGAUGUCAACGACUGGCUUCACAUAGAUGAGGGCAUGGAUGUCUUCAAGCUUCACGGCAUUGGCGGAAUUGUCGGCUCCUUCCUCACGGGUAUCUUCGCAUCGUCAUCGGUGUCACUGCUCGACGGCUCCACUGACGCGCCGGGCGGUGUCGACGGGGUCGGUGCCCAGGUUGCCAGACAGCUGGCCGACAUCGCCGCUAUCUCCAGCUACUCCUUCACCGUCUCACUCUGCCUUCUUCUCAUAAUGAAGGUCAUCGGCAAGUAUAUCCCAUUCAUGGCCCUUCGCGUGAGCGAGGAAGCCGAGAUCCGUGGCAUAGACGAGGAUCAAUUCUUCGACGAGGAGGUUGGCGACUGGUCCUUGUUUGAGCAUAGCGGCAUGACCCACGAAACGAAGCUGGUCUCGACCCCUUCCACUCCUCCGAACGAAACCGAAAAGAAGACGGCGUCGGUGGAGCCAGAACCAGUGACCGCUUGA